AACGGGCGAACGUACCGUGUUGCCAUCUCUCCAGUCUCCAGCUCCGAGGAAAUAUAGGGUGAGUAGAAGUACCGACGGAAAAUGUCAGUUCUCGGGCACCAGGACUCGGCUAGAUCCUCAUUUUAGAGGGAGAUGUGAGCAAAAGUAAUUACCACAACUACACCCAUGGACGGAUGGAUUUGUGUAUCCAGCCUAUACCGACCCACGGACGACCCUGUCAGCAACCCUGCCGUCGACUCUGCCGUCUAGUCCCAAUAAACAAUGACCCGGCUGCUGGCAAACCAGCCUAAAUCCGGACCACCCACUCCCACCACUCCCCAGAGCUAGGCUCCUCUCCCACAUAUCCCGAUAAUCCAGAGUACCGCAUCAUCACAACACCCAACACUUUACGGGAUGAGAUUAGGAUAGGAGACAAAUAGGACGAGAGGAAAAGUUCCGUUAGUUUAAAGAGAUAUCAGAAAAAAUCUCCUCUUCACGUGUCCAUCAAUUUGAAGGAAAUGACACUUUGACAUGUCAUUGACGAGCAAUAUCGAAACCAACUGGGCAGGAGUAACCGGAACCGUAAUAUUAACACACCCAUCCAUACACCCACUCACUCUUUUAACGAGUCGUGAGCAGUGAAAUGGGAUUUACUCGACAAACUGACUAUAAAUCACGAGUGAGACACUGCUUCCUCCAUGCAUUUUACUCCAAAUAUAAUCCUCUUCGCCACGGGAAUAUGCAGGAUCGUCACAACCAUUAAAGAGACGAACAAGAAAAAUGUGUAAAUGGAAAGGGUUGCUCCGAUUCUCAGUAAAAGAUCAUCGUCCAUCAUAAAAGGAUGAACACAGUGGUGGUGUAGUAGUGUGGAUGGAAAUGCGUGAAACUAAAAAACCUGUCCGAUGUUUUAACACAGGUUUAAUUAACUUUAACCCAAGAGAAGGCCAAAAAAGUUAUACACCACAACCAAUAACCAACCAUCGCAUUUGACCAUUAUAUUAUAUCAUGUGACUGUGUGUCCCCAAAAUUAUAAUUCGAGUAUACAUUUCCUCAUCACCAUCAUCAUCAAGUGAUCUCCUAAAAAGCCAUAAUAACAAUAAUAAUAAUAAUCCGUAAUAAUAGUUAGCACACCAAUAAUAAAUGUACAGACCUGGUCCUAGUUUUUAAAUUGGUAGUUUUAAAUCGUAGCUAGAUUUAUGUAGGUGCUCAUCGUCAUUAAAAUAUAGUAAAGUAGGCUCUGUAACAAGUAGGAAACUAUUGAAAAUAGGGGGAGAGGAGUAACCGAAAGAAAGUAACAUGUCGCCAUAAAAGUGCCCAAAGAAUUAAGUUUUCUAAGUAACUGCUUAAACCAGUAACCCGAUUCUAGUUUGUUUUUUCUUCACGUCUUGUGUUCACCAUUUUGUAUUAAUUUUAUACAUUGCACAACACUUAAGGUCAAGCUUAAUAAGUAGGAAGUACAUAAUAGCUCGUCGGCUUUUUGUAUUUAAAAAACGACACGAUCAUUAUAGUGUCCAGACAUAAAAAACAUAAGUAACCUGAGUGACCUCAACAAGCAAUUAAUAAAAAUUACAAAGAAGACAGAAGACGCCACUACAAUAAUAUAAUUAACGAUUAAUGAUAAAAAUACAAGACGACGAAGAUAACUAGUUGGAAGUGAUGAUUGAUUGAACUCUCAUUAUGAUGAUGACUACGAACCCACAGUGUAGAUUCUAAUAGACUUCCGUAACAUACAUACAAAGCGUACACACAGACAAAUAAAAAUAGUCAAAAAUUAAGCCGGCUAUCGGAUCAAUUCAUUCAUGGUGUGCGGGUGUUCUAUGCAAAAAAAUGUGGAACAUUUUGUGCCACGACGGACUGAUUAAUUGAGUCUAUUAGAAAUAUUAUCAACGAGGUGUAACGUGAUGGAGAUGAUCGAAUAGGAGAUUACAAAGAAAAUACGGAAACAAAGGAUACUUUCUCCAAAUUGUCGUAUACUUAAAAUCAUGAUGAUGUUCUGCGACGUGAUGCCAACAAUCUCGGAGGACGGGAAAUCAAAUUCUUUUGCUGAAGAUGCCAACUUUGAGCAGCUCAUGGUCACCAUGUUGGACGAGAGGGAUAAGCUGAUGGACAGUCUUCGUGAGAAUCAGGAACGACUCACGGACACGGAAAUGAAGCUUACGGACGCUCAAAAAGAACGAGACUCUCUCUCCAGGCAGUUGUCCGCUAGUCUUCCUCAGGAGCUUGCAACGUUAAACAAGGAAUUAAACCAAGCAAGGGAACAACUUCUUGAAAGAGAGGAAGAAAUCUGCGAAUUAAAAGCAGAAAGGAACAACACACGUCUUCUUCUGGAACACUUGGAAUGUCUUGUCUCACGGCACGAACGGUCGCUCAGAAUGACGGUCGUAAAACGCCAAGCAGCCGCACAAUCGGGAGUAUCGUCAGAAGUGGAGGUGUUAAAGGCCUUGAAAUCCUUAUUCGAACAUCACAAAGCAUUAGACGAGAAGGUUCGUGAGCGAUUGAGAGUUGCGUUAGAACGUGUGUCCCAGUUGGAAGAUGAGUUAUCCCAAACGAAAGAUGAGUUAACCGAUUACAAGAGUGGGAAGAAAGUCGAGAAAAUCAACGGAACCAUGGACGGUACAAUGGAGAACAGUUCUUCAGUGGUUAACCUAACGGGCGCUACCAACGGUAUAACGGACCCCGAUAUGGAGAAAUCGAAAAUAGCCGAAUUACAAAGCACACUUGAAAAACACUUGUCUGAGUUAAAUUCAGCACAAAGAAGAUCGGCCGAGCUUUCUAGUCGAAUAUCGGAUCUUGAAGAAACAUUGUCCAGAACUCAACGCGAUUUUGUUAGAAUGCAAGAAGCCAAUGCCAAGCUGCAAAUGGAUCUGAGAGAGAAUGACGCUCAAAAAGGAGAUCAAGAGGAACGCAUUGCCACAUUAGAAAAAAGAUAUCUGAACGCACAGCGUGAAUCUACCUCUUUGCACGAUCUCAACGACAAAUUAGAGCAAGAGUUGCAGCACAAAGAAGCCCAGUUGAAAUUGCAGGAAGAAAAAAGUCGAGCUCUGCAAGAAAAAUUAGAACUUUCAGAUCAAAAAUUAGCACAACUUUCUAAAAUGCCAGACAUGGAAGAGGAACUGAAACAAAGACUGCAAGCGUUAACACAGGCUCAAGAACGGCAUGGAUCGGCAGAAGAGCGGAUUGCACGACUAGAAGCACAAGUUGAGGAGAAGAACACAGAAACUGUGAGAUUAAACCAGAGGCUGCGUGUUAACGAGGAUCACAAUUCUCGACUAUCUGCCACCGUCGAUAAACUUCUUGCAGAGUCAAAUGAGCGGUUGCAAGUUCAUUUGCAAGAAAGGAUGCAAGCCUUGGACGAGAAGAAUGCGUUAACUCAGGAGUUAGACAAGACUAGAAAAGUACUUGAGGAGCUUCAGACUGAUAAGACGGAACUAAUGAAAGAAUUGACAAAGACAAGACUGGAAAUGGAAAGUUGUAAAAGACAGCUGUAUCAGCAAGAAAUAGCGUAUAAUAUUCAGCAAACUGAGGCCCUAACCAGAAGUCUGAGCCCUAACCCAGAAGCAUCUUUUGUAAGGACAAGUAGUCAUUCCAGCUUCGAUACCCACUCGCUCCCUAGAAGGCUUGUUAAACACUCGGUUGACGCCGAGUGGGAUGCAGUAGAACAAGCCCAAGUUCUCGCCAAUGUCCAGCAAGCAUUUGACCUUAGUGAUGCGGAGGCGGAUGAUUCCGAGAGCAUAUUUUCCGUGGCUGAAGUUUUGUCCCCUUCGCAACAAACGGAUGCACAAACCUUGGCUUUAAUGCUUCAAGAACAAUUGGAUGCAAUAAACAACGAGAUCCGGUUGAUUCAAGAAGAAAAGCAAAACACGGAGGCGAGGGCGGAGCAGUUGGAGUCGCGAGUGGGAUCAAUAGAGCAUGUCAACAUCAUAUCUCGAAGGGGAGGUCCCUAUGAUCGAGCAAUGUCGCCUCCUCUUAGUGGGCGCAGUCUUGAAAUGGGGGGUCGUGGUUUGGAUCGGCCUUUAUCACCACCAUUAAGCGGUCGGUCUACGCCACGUUCGUCAAAUCCGUCGCCACAGUUGGAUUAUUUGCAUAAAUUCCACACGGUCCCAGCAUCACUAUCUCCCUGUAAUUAUUACUCAUCCCCUGGGUCCAUAAACGAAGCCAUGAACCAAAUGUACCAUCAGAGCAAUCUUACCAUGCCAGACAUGAGUAUGAUGAUGGGAAACAGAUCCGAUGCUAGUCCUCCCACGCCAAGAUCACUACGACUGAUUAACAGCGCUUCCGGACCUAUGUUGGGUCAGUCCAACGAUGAAAUGAGGAAUGCGUCCAUGAUGUCACACGCCGGGUCUUCGGAUUACAUGUCAGGAACGCUUCCACUUCUCAUGAAUCAAGGUGCCUAUGGCCACGAUCCACGAUCUGGAAUGAGCACGAUGAACUCCACCUCAUCCGCCGCCAUGCAAAUGGCGGCAGCUGCGGCGAAGAAGAAAGGCAUUAAAUCUUCUCUAGGUCGAUUAUUUAGCAAGAAAGAAAAGGGCAAAGGCAAAGACGUAAUUUAUGACCACGGCGGUUUUGACAGUGAUAGUAGUGCAACUAAUGAACCCACAGUUACCACAUCAGUCAGUAGCAUGAGUCUACCACUAGCAGGACAGCAAAUAAAUAUGGCAAACAUGUCAGCAAAGGCGGAUUUCGACAGGAGAAAAAAGCGUAAGACGAAACUUUUGUCGGAAGCCAUGAAAGCGGGGACGCCGUUCGCCCUGUGGAAUGGACCAACCAUUGACGCCUGGUUGGAACAAUGGGUGGGGAUGCCAGCCUGGUAUGUUGCAGCCUGUCGUGCUAACGUCAAGUCGGGAGCAAUUAUGAGUGCACUCAGCGAUACUGAAAUUCAACGUGAAAUUGGCAUCAGCAACCCUCUACACCGAUUGAAAUUGAGACUAGCAAUUCAGGAAAUGGUUUCAUUGACGAGCCCAUCCGCCCCCACGGCAUCCAGAGUUGCACAUUUAGCAUUUGGAGACAUGAACCAUGAGUGGGUUGGGAAUUACUGGUUACCAUCGUUAGGCCUACCGCAAUACAGAACGACGUACAUGGAGUGUCUAGUUGAUGCCAGAAUGCUAGAUCAUUUAACAAAGAAAGAUUUAAGAACACAACUCAAAAUGCACGACGGUGCCCACAGAACGAGCCUCCACUUUGGAAUUAUAUGCUUAAAGCGACUAAAUUAUGAUCGCAAAAUGCUGGAAGAAAGACGCAGAGCUUGUGAGAAUGAAAACAUUGAUCUCUUGGUGUGGUCGAAUGACAGGGUUAUGAAAUGGGUUCAAUCAAUCGGUCUAAAAGAAUACGCUAUGAAUCUUCAAGAAUCUGGAGUCCAUGGAGCUCUAAUUGCACUUGACGACACUUUUGAUCCAAAUCUAAUGGCUUUGGCUUUGCAAAUUCCGACGCAAAACACUCAGGCAAGGCAUGUAUUGGAACAUGAGUUUCAAGGGCUACUUAACAUGGCUGAAAGAGGAGUCGUGCCACAAGAGAUGUCAUCUUGACCAAUGAAGGUUCUCGAAGUAUAAAACCAAAUCAAUACGAAGCAGCUGGUGUAACUUAAUACUCAACAGUGAACGUUUCAACCUCACCAAAAAACAAAGAGAAAGUCUCUAAGUCUAAGAAUAGGACAUAAUAUUGUAUCAUUAUUGAUAUUUACUAAGGACCGAAACUGACUUGAUUGAAUGAUUCCACUAAUUGGAAAGCAGACUACUAACUACUACGACGACGACGCAGAUGACGACGAUAAUCAUAUCGACAAUUGAUGAUUAGGUGUUUUCACACGGCAGCCCAGUAAAAUGCACACCAUUUUCCCUUAAACACACACAUCACAACCUUGAUUGCAAAUACCACCACAAGUAAAAGAAGAUGAAAAAAGAAGGGAGAGAUAAUCCUACCGUAAUAAGUAAACUACCCGACAACCAACCCACCUCUUAUACUACUCUAGAACGGGUCAUACUUAUGUAACAGUUAAAAAAGUAAAUUAAGACGGUUAUGAUUAGUUCAAAACUAUAAAAUGGUUGGGAAAUCGUAAUAAUGACUUUUUUGGUCACACGUUUAAUGUGACUUAAAAAUUGAGCACAUGGUGGAUCAAGGACGAACGACGUCUAAAGAUAUCACUUUCUCCCAACCACCUGCGCUAAAAAGAACACGGUGGGGUCAAGCAAAUGUGGUGAUGUGAAUCCAUUGAAGAAGAAGAGUCUCAGCUUUCAACCAAAUAAUGACAGACAAGAAAAAUUGAAUUACUGAAAAUUUUAAGUCAUCUCUCAGUUUCAGUCAGUAUUAGUGACCUGGUUCCUCGGUCGAUAUCACUCACUACCAUGUUUGUGGUAUUGCUGUCAAUAUUUAUAAAAUUUUGUGCUCCAGUUUUACCGGACUUGACAAAUAUUGGGUAACAUUUAACGAAUUGUUUGCAUUUUUUUUCACGGAAUAUUUUGUCUUGAAAAAUCAAAAAUAAUAGUAAAAACUGUUUGACUACUGAAUUCCUACAAUA